AUGUCUGCGUCUCUCACAACAAGAAUACCUUUGCUUUGCGCAAUAAACGGUGCCGGGAAAAGCACUAUUUUACGAACUCUUAUGCGACUAAUUGAUCACGAUAGCGGUGAUAUCAAGAUCAGCAAUCAUGACAUUCGCAGACUGACAAAGGAAUCUGUCAGAGAGCAUAUUAAAAUGGUCCCGCAGAACCCGGAGUUAUUCUAUGGCCAGACGAUAUUGACAAAUCUUACUUAUGGCUGCAGGCCCGAUAUUGAUUAUGAAACUGUUCAGGAAAUAUGCAAGCAUAUUGGCCUGCACGAGAGAAUCUUAAGCUUCACACAAGGAUAUCAGACCGAGCUUCAUCCAUCUAAUGAUCUAUCCGGUGGACAGAAACAGAUUGUUGCACUUGUUCGUAUCCUGUUGCAGAAGCCCUCAAUUCUGGCUCUAGAUGAGGCCACCAGCCAAUUAGAUAAAGCCACAGAGAAAACAAUAUGGAACUACUUGGACACUAUCCAGAAAACAAAAAUCAUUGUCACACAUCGGCUACAGGAAAUCAAGAAUGCUGAUCAGAUCCUUGUUGUUGAACAAGGUCAAAUCGUGGGGAGGGGCACUCAUAAAGAGCUGUUGGACAAUGAGAUCUAUCAGUUACUUCUUGGCUCUGUUUAA